GGAACACACAGCAACACACAGAGCAGGUGAACAGGGAAACUACAUACUUCAUGUAUCUGGGGAUCUGGAAUGGCUACUGCUGCUCGAGAGCUGCUGCUGGCUACUCUGCAAAAGCUGGGCAAAAAAGAGUUGAAGACAUUUCAAUGGUACCUGCAGCAUGCUGAUGAGAUGAUCCUUCAGAAAGACUUUUGCAGCAUCCCUAAGAGCAAGUUAGAGGAUGCUGACAGAGAAGUCACAGUGGAUAUGAUGGUGCAGACCUACACCCAUGGCAAUGCUAUGAAGAACUCAAUGGCGGUCUUGAAAAAGAUGAACCGGAACGAUCUUGCUGAGAGAUUAAUGGAGAACUGCAAUACAGAUGACUGUGCUGUGGUGUGCCAAACUGAAAUUAAAAAGCUCAAAGAGAAGCUGAAGAAUAUGUCUGAAAAAAUAUCUGAGGGUAUAGAUAAACAAGGAAAGACAAAACAUCUGGAUAACAUCUUCACAGAGCUCUACAUCACAGAGGGUGGAAGUGGAGAGGUCAAUAAUGAACAUGAGGUGAGACAGAUUGAGAAAACAACCAGGAAACAAGCAAGACCAGAGACAGCAAUCAAAUGUAAUGACAUCUUCAAACCCACACCUGGACACGACAACCCAAUCAGAACCGUUCUUACAAAGGGUGUGGCUGGAAUUGGAAAAACAGUGUCUGUGCAGAAGUUCAUUCUGGACUGGGUUCAAGGAAAAGCUAAUCAGGACAUCCAGUGUAUAUUUCCAUUUCCAUUCCGAAAUCUGAAUGUGUUAAAGGACAAAUUAAGUUUGUUACAUCUUAUUGAUAAGUGUUUUGAAACUCCAGGAUUCUCCAACUUUGACAAUUGCAAAGUUGUGUUCAUCUUUGAUGGUCUGGAUGAGUGUAGAUUACCCCUAGACUUCUACAACAAUGAGUGUGUGUUUAAUGUCACAGAGUCAACCUCAGUGGAUGUGCUGCUGACAAACCUCAUCAAGGGAAAUCUGCUUCCCUCUGCUCUCCUCUGGAUAACUACCAGACCGGCAGCAGCCAAUCAGAUCCCUUCAGGGUGUGUUGACCUGGUGACAGAGGUGAGAGGGUUCAAAGACCCACAGAAAGAGGAGUACUUCAGGAAGAGAUUCAGUGAUGAGGACCUGGCCAGCAGAAUCAUCUCACACAUAAAGACAUCAAGGAGCCUCCACAUCAUGUGUCACAUACCAGUCUUCUGUUGGAUCGUUGGCACAAUCCUUGAGUACAUCUUGACUACAGAUGAUAAAGUAGAGCUGCCCAAGACCCUAACAGACAUGUACUCACACUUCCUUGUGUUUCAGUCCACACACAGGAAUGUAAAGUAUGAUGGGAAAAAAGGGACUGAUCCACACUGGAAUAAAGAGAUCAUUCUGACACUGGGAAAACUGGCUUUUCAACAGCUACAGAAAGGCAAUCUGAUUUUCUAUGAAGAAGACCUGAAAGAGUGUGGCAUUGAUAUCAAUGAAGCAUCAGUUUACUCAGGAGUCUGUACACAGAUCUUUAAAGAGGAAUGUGAGCUGAACCAGAACAAGGUGUUCUGCUUUGUCCAUCUGAGCAUUCAGGAGUUUCUAGCUGCUGUAUAUGUUUUUUGCUCAUUAAUCAACAACAACAGAAAUAAAAUGUAUGAACAACAAUCAACCAUCAGUAAAGUUUUAAUGUGGUUAAAAAAAAAGUCUCAAGUCAAAUUCUACAAGAUUGCUGUGGAUAAAGCCUUACAGAGUAAGACUGGACACUUGGACCUUUUCCUCCGCUUCCUUCUGGGUCUCUCACUGGAGUCAAAUCAGAAGCAUUUACAAGGUCUACUGACAAAGACCAGAAGCAGCUCACAGACCCACAGAGAAACAGUCAAGUACAUCAAGGAGAAGAUCAGGGAGAGUCCCUCUUCAGAGAGGUGCAUCAAUCUGUUCCACUGUCUGAAUGAACUGAAUGACCAUUCUCUAGUGGAGGAGAUCCAAAGGUACCUGAGUUCAGGACGUCUCUCCAGAGAAGAACUGUCACCUGCACAGUGGUCAGCUCUGGUAUUUGUGUUACUGACUUCAGAAGAGGAGAUUGAUGUGUUUGACCUGAAGAAAUACUCCACAUCAGAGGAAGGUCUUCUGGGGUUGUUGCCAGUGAUCAAAACCUGCAGAACUGCUCUACUGUCAGGUUGUGGAAUCACAAAGAAAGGCUGUGCUUCUCUGGUCUCAGCUCUGAAGUCAAACCCCUCACACCUGAAAGAACUGGAUCUGAGUAACAAUGACCUGAAGGAUACGGGAGUGGAGAAGAUCUCUGUUCUGCUGAAGGAACCACAAUGUAGACUGGAGACUCUGAGACUGUCAGGUUGUAGAAUUACAAAGAAAGGCUGUGCUUCUCUGGUCUCAGCUCUGAAGUCAAACCCCUCACACCUGAAUGAACUGGAUCUGAGUAACAAUCAGCCAACGGAUUCAGGAGUGGAGAAACUCUCUGCUCUGCUGAAAGACCCACAAUGUAGACUGGAGACUCUGAGGGACUAAAAACAGCUGCUGUUGUCAAUGGGUGAACCUCCACCAGCCCUGAGCUCCCAGCAGGACAAAGUCCCCAACCUCCUGCCCAAUGGGAUUUUCUAAGGGUCUGAUAGAUGAAGCCCCACCAGACCUCCUAUCAGACAUUGAGGUGAAACACCCACAACCAGCAGGGCCUCCAUGAAAACACAACAACAGAUUAUUACAUUAUUAUUUUCUCUCCAGUAGGGGUGCUGCUAUGGAUUAUUUUCAUAAUGGAUUAUUCAAUACCUAAAUACGAGAAUAUUUGAAUAAUCGAUAAAGUAAAAACAUGACUCAUGGUCUCUGUGGUGUUUGCUUUUACAUUGAACCAAACUCUAAACAGCAGGUAAAGUCUUGGUCCAGUGUUUCCUGAGCUGAAAUAAAGAUCCCACACAUUUUAAUAUGGGCAUACAGUUUCUGUAUUGCCAAAUAAUGUAAAAUCCAUAUGUUCAGGCCUAAUGAAUCUGUUAAUGGACUGAUUUCCUUUCAUGAACUGUAUCACAAUCACAUUUUGCAAACAGUUGCAUAGUUGUUUAGUAUACUAGGAGCAAGGUGAGGAAAACAAAGUCAUAGUGGAUGUGUCCACGGACAACGACAAUUCCGAUCCUGUUUUACAGUGUAUGGUUUAUUUAUUUCUCUAUUUGAAAUAUUCAGGGACUUUAGAUGGUUUCACCUGCAUAUUGGGUCACUGAAUAGGCUCACUGCUGCCUGUAGGAUCUGAAAUGUGUAAGAUAGUUGUGUUCAGAGCCUCCAAACUUACUGUUCGUACAUAUUGUAUAUUUCCUACAUAUUUAUUGACUGAGAACAUUGAUGAUUUACAUUCUAGUGUCAUAUAUUGGCAAUGUCAGUUUUAAAAGUAUGCCCUUUAUUAAGGCUGACAUGACAAGUUAUAAUAUAUAGAUCAGGGGUGGGCAAUAUUUUUCACUGGGGGGCCACACUGAAAAUGCCAGAGAGCAUCGUGGGCCAGA